AGUACUGAACACGCCGUUGUUUGCACUUCCAGUGCUGAACGACUCGGAUGCGGAUCGAGCGAGAGGGUGCGAGAUAAUGGAUCUCAAACUAACAGCAAAAAACACAACUCGAGCCAUGCACCUGCUGGAAGUGUUGUUGUUCUCAAUCACGUCCGCGCGUCGUUGAUAAAUACAGAUCAGCCUCAUUGACACCAAAGUCUCGGAGCGGGGUUCAGUAGCAUCUCAAGGCGCUUCGGAACUUAAAGUUGAACCAUGUCUGCUCAGGCUGAGGAAACUGCACCAGAAGCAGCAGCAGCAGCACCAGCACAACCAGCACAACCAGCGGCCAAAAAGAAGGGACCCGCCAGUAAAGCAAAGCCUGCCUCUGCAGAAAAAAAGAACAAAAAGAAGAAAGGGAAAGGGCCCGGAAAGUACAGCCAGCUGGUGAUCAAUGCCAUCCAAACGCUGGGAGAGAGAAACGGCUCGUCUCUUUUUAAGAUCUAUAACGAGGCGAAGAAAGUGAACUGGUUUGACCAGCAGCACGGGCGCGUGUACCUCCGCUACUCCAUCCGCGCGCUGCUGCAGAACGACACGCUCGUGCAGGUGAAGGGUCUGGGCGCCAACGGCUCCUUCAAGCUCAACAAAAAGAAGUUCAUCCCCAGCACCAAGAAGAGCUCUGUAAAGCCGAGAAAGACUGCGAAACCGACCAAAAAGCCAGCCAAAAAAGCAGCCAAGAAGAAGAAAAGGGUCAGCGGCGGGAAGAAGGAGACUCCACCCGCAGAGAAAACCUCCAAACCCAAGAAAGCGGAUAAAAGUCCAGCCGUCUCUGCCAAGAAGGCGAGCAAGCCCAAGAAAGCUAAACAGACCAAAAAGACUGUUAAGAAGGCUUAAAACGUUUGUAUUCUGCAUGCCUUUGUGCAUUAAGCAUUGCACUGCGGGUAAACGGCACGCUUUCUGAUCGCAGUUCAUUAAGAAGGAUAUGCACAGUGUUUAACAUGUAAAUAACUGUACAAAGAAGGAAACAAUCACUUUUGUAACGUCUGCUCUUUGUUAUUAUUUCUUUUCUACUGGUUAGCUAAAAUAACUACUUAUGGCUUCUUUUAAAAUAAAAUGAUAAAAGAAAAAAAUUGCGUUUGUUUGGUGUCAUUUUAAGGCCGUGAUGAUUCACAUUUUGUAGAUAAGCAUAUGUAUUUCUGCUGAGAACUACAAAAACUAUAGAAUGAUGAUGUCUUUAUGUCCUUGUCAUUCAUAUGGAUGCAAAAAAAAAAAAAAAUCCAAAUUUAAUAUACAUGUUAUAUACAUUUUCAUAUGUUUAACCUUUACACCAGAACUGGUUUUAUUUUGCCUGCACUUUUUACAUGUAUACAAUGAUGUACCCGAAAUAGGCAAGGGAGUAAAAAACAAAACUAAUACUUAAAAGGUAUAAUAAACAUGGGGGAACAGAGAUGCAGAAACAUUUACAUUAAUAGUAUGAUGUGGUAAAAUGUGUAUGGUAUUAAAAGUAUGAUGUGGUAAAAUGUGAUAUGGGUAUUUGUAUACUGAUACAAUCAUUGAUAAGUAAGAAUUGCAUUAUUGCAUUAUGAUGCAAAUGGUACAUUCUGUGCAGAAUGGUACUGGGUUGUGCAGAGCAAUGGAGAAAGAAAAAAUAAUAAACAAAAAAACUGAAAAAAUGUAA